UCUGGGACAGCACUCGUACUAUGAACAGUUGAAACGCGCCUGUGCAACGUUGUUUUUGUGUUCCAAGAAUGGCUAACAAUAUGCUCAGCAAUGGUCGUAUCCAGCAACAAACCACCGUUUCGCAACAACCAAGCAACGACAAGGGAAAGAAAGCGCCAGAAAUACCAGCGACAGAGUGCAACAAUUGGCUUCUGCAUCGUCACUAUACGCGUCACGAGUACAAAACUUGUAAGAUCCUCAUCGAUAAUGAAUUAUUAAGGUCGAGUGGUCACAACGAAUACGCCAGUUACCUGAAGGGUUUGAUACUCAGGAGGGAGGGUAAAAUUCAGGACUCGUUGAACUGCUUCCAAACGGCGUACAACGUUAAUUCUACGAAUGUUAAUAACAUCAAGCAAAUCGCCAAGUCGCUAUUGAUCAUGGGAAGUCACAAGCGUGCCAUCGAGGCGUAUUUGGAAGCCGAGAAGGUGUCCACUAUACCGGACUGGGAAAUUUAUUUGAACCUAGGGGAGUGUUACGCAAAGCUGAACCAACUUUACGAGGCAAAGAGGCACCUGAAGAGGUCCAUCGAGCUGACGAGAAACGAAUUACCGUACGUCGCCUUAGCCAGAGUCUGCAUCCGGGAGGAUCACGUUACCGAGGCACGAAACGCUUACAACGCAGCUCUGAGCGGGAAUCCCGAGAGCGUCGAGGCAGCCACCGAUCUGGGCCUACUCUAUCUUAAAAUCGGCGACGUUCAGCGAGCGUUUCAAAAGUUUGGAACAGUCCUUGCCUACGCCCCGGAUUGCACCAGGGCGAUUUUGCCCAUAGCCUACGUGAUCCAGAAUCACCAGGAGUACGACGUGGCAUUGUCGAAGUACAAGUUGGCGGCUCAAUCGAUCCCGGAAUCGCACGCCUUGUGGAACAACGUCGGUAUGUGUUUCUACGGGAAGCAGAAGUUCGUCGCUGCAAUUAGCUGUUUGAAGAGGGCUCACUAUCUGAACCCGAUGGCCUUCCUGCCCGCCUAUAAUUUGGGGAUGGUUUUUCUCGCCACUGGCCAACCCGCAUCGGCUGCGAUCUAUUUGUGCGCCGCGGUCAGCGCUGAUCCCAAGAAUCACAUGCCCUACCUUCUGCUUGGACUCGCUCUGAAGCGUUUGGACGACCUGGAGGGCGCCGAGAAGGUGUUGCAGAAGGCCCACGAGCUGGCGCCCCAGGAUCCACUGAUACUGAUUAAUUACGCGAUCAUUCUCGAGGCUCUGGGAAACGUAGGAAGCGCCUCGGAAUAUUUAACAGCGUUGAACGAUAUCGCUGCUGUAAUCGACGUGGAAGCCGAGAUAACGCAGACGGCGAAGAAACUGUCGACGAAACUUCAGCAGAAGCCCAGUAACGAAGGGACGAGAGUUCUCAGCGCCGAUGAAGUUUGAAACGAGCGGAAUCGAGGAUCACGGAUCCCCGUAAGAAUGAAUAAAAUUGUCAACGUUUCUUGAGUUAACUUUCACCUUCCUUUCAAGGAUUCCCGUCCUCGAACCUUCGCUAGGUCGGCAAUUUAUAAUCGACGCGAAUCAGAAUGCGCCGUCGUUGUUCGUCUUUAGAAAAAGUCCUUGCAUCCUUGCGACGUUCUGUCGCUCAUCCGUGCUCGUUUAGAACUCCACGCGUCAAGGAGACUCAGUUUUCUCAUUUCAAGUUUUCCGGAAUCGCCGUCGUACAUUAAUUCGCCUAUUCCCGACGGUGGGCGUUCCGAAAGUGUCAAGGAUUC